UCAUUCAUUAAAUUCUCUUCUUGUAAAAAGAUUUUCAUUUUCAUGUGCAUCUCGUCUCUUUCCUCACUCACUCUGUGUCUGUCUGUCUUAGACACAUUCAACUGUGUCUGCCAUACAUUCCCCUGUAUGUAUAAUAAUACUUAUAUAUAAUAAUAAUUAUAAACAAUUCACAACAACAAUAACAAAGUUAAUUAUAAUCAAAAGCAAAAAAUAAUGGGUGUUUUAGGGGAGACAUGGUGUUUUUGUAGUGGCGGAAUUAAGUCAGAAAAAACAAAAGCGUCAAUAUAUUCCGGCAAAGGUUCCGCCAUGGCCGUGAUUUCUGACGGCGGCACUGGGAUUCUGAUUCACCGGAAUCUUUUACUUACAACACACGCUAUUCUUCCUUCUGUUGCUUCAGCUGAAGCUGCCGAGAUCCGCCUUCAAAAUGGUGUCGGUGCUUCUCUUCUUCCUCACAGGUUUUUCAUAACUAGCUCUGUUCUUGAUCUAACAAUAGUGGGUCUUGACUCCCUGGAUGGAGACUCAAAUGUCCCGAUUCAGCACUUGAAAACCUGUUCUAAACCGAGUCUGAACCUGGGUAGUAUUGUAUACAUUCUAGGCUAUACUGAGAAAGGUGAGCUUACAGUUGGUGAAGGGAAGGUGGUUAUAGCCACUGACAAUCUUAUAAAGGUCUGCACCGAUGGUGUAACAUGGAGCCCUGGAUCUGCGGGGUUUGAUGCACAUGGUAACCUUUCGUUCAUGGUUUGUGAUCCUAUGAAGUUAGCCACAUCUCCAAACACAAAAUCCACCUCAACAUUGUCAUCUUCUACAUCCUCUUGGAAGAAAGACCUACCGAUGCAAUUUGGCAUCCCGAUUCCCGUUAUCUGUGAUUGGUUAAACCAGAAUUGGGAGGGGAGCCUCGAUGAUUUGGUCAACAAACCAAAACUACCCCUAAUCAGAUUAAUGUCAACGGGCCAAAAAAGUGAACAUUCGUGCACUUCUUUCACUAUGAGACAAGUUUUCAAAAUUACCGAACCUGAAAAUGAUCAAACAGCUCUGUCGUCAGCAAAUGUGACCCCAAAUUCUAAAGACCUACCGGGGCCAGAUUCUUCCUCAGUCACAAAUAGUUGUAAAGCUGAAACACCAGCCCGUGAUCAAGCUGCUCAUGUACAGGGAAUUCCAACACCUGAGAUAUACGAAUCACCAAAAUUGACAUCUGUUCCCUUCAACAAAAACCAAAACUCCCAAUUUCAGCUCUUAGACAUCAAUUUCCCUCCCAAGAUCGCAAAACCAACUGUGCCCAUUCAGCUUGUAAAAAAACUUUCAAAUCCUAUAAUGGAAGCUGAGGUUGCCUCUACUGGGUCGGUGAAUGGGGCAGUGAGUGAGGUCCAAUCAUGUUCGUCCCCGAGCCAGGUCUCGGAGGGGCAAAAUGGGUAUAUCAGUGAAGGAGAGACAACCAUGUAUUCGGCAGAAACAGCCGAGAGCCGUAACUACCCCAGUCCUAAAGGAGGACGGUUUAGUCAGCAGCAAGUUGGGAGGAGUCAGAGCUGUGUGAAUUACAACAGAUGGGGCCCGAUCCAGGCUAGCUCAGUGGCCCGUGGCCGUUCACUUGAAAAGCAAAGAAGCUAUAUGCAGGCUAGAAAGGUAUAUUCACAAGGUGCAACCUCUCAGAGGAGUAAUGAAUAUUAUAGCCCUACCGUGUCAUCGAUCAUGAAGAAACGAAACAAUUUGGAACAACAGUGGCCUAAUAGGCCUCGUCGGCCAACUGCUGUUCAGUCCUCACCAAAAUGGGCUUUUUGACAUUCUAUUUCGAGGUAAUAAAACCGUUGUAUAUCUUGAUCUUAUUUUAUUCUGGGAUAAAAUAUCUCUAUUCCUAAAUGUGCAGUUUGAGUUAAAGAUAUAAUAAGUUAUAUUUUUCGGGAUCAAAACUACUUACAGUACCCCCCAAAAAGUGGGAUAUGUUGUUGUAUUUCUUCUACCUGUCAAAUUAACUGUAAAUUUUUUCUGUGACUAAUUUGGAAGCUAGAAUAAUAUCUUUA